AUGCCGACGGAUGACUACCGCAAGGAGCGGCCAGAAAUUGACAUUGGCUACCACCGCAAGGGACAACUGCUCAACAUCUGGCGCAUGAAAGCGAGCUCCAGAGCAUCCAAGGCCAGCAUCCACGAUCUACUGUUCUUGGGUGAACGCGCACUCGACACGAUGACGGAAGCGGCUAUGCAUAAGAGCGUGGAUCGCUCCGCCGCCGGCUGCGCCAAAUUCGGACUGGCCGUCAAUGCGGAGAAGACGGUGGUCGUGCAUCAACCGGUGCCAAACGUAGAAUACAGAGAACUUACAUCACCGUCAAUGAAGCUUGCCUAA